UGUCGGGAGGGGAGCCCCCCCGCCCCUCCCCCGCUGAGAGAGAUGGCGGCGCAUUUGAGGCUGGGCGCGGAGCUGCAGACGAUCAAGGGGGAGCUGCUCGCCGUGGUGCAGCUCUGCCGGGACAGGGGGCUGCUGCACAGCGCCAAGUGGUCCGCUGAGCUUGCCUUCUGCUUAGACCCACUGAAAGCAGAAGAUGGAUUCCCGACCCCUGCACCCUUUACUGCUGAAGACUUGGCUGACUUUGAUGUGUAUACAGUGGCCAAAGCAUACUUUGAUCUGAAGGAGUUUGACAGAGCAGCACACAGCCUGAAAGACUGCCGGAGUCCAAAAGCAUAUUUCCUGCAAAUGUAUUCACGAUACCUAGCUGGAGAAAAAAAGAAAGAGGAUGAAUCGCUCGACAGUCAUGGGGUUCUGGAGAAGGAGGUGAAGAACGGGGUGCUGCGGAAGCUGCGUGUCGAACUUUCCAAAAAGCACCGUGAAGGCCAGCUGGAUGGGUUCGGCCUGUACAUGUAUGGUGUAGUGCUGCGGAAGUUGGAUCUAGGGUCAGAGGCCAUUACCAUUCUGUUGGAGGCCACGCACGCUACCCCUUUGCACUGGGGAGCCUGGCAGGAGCUCUCUUGCCUUAUUACAGAUAGGGACAAGCUCAAGUCGCUCUCUCUGCCGGACCACUGGAUGCGCGAGUUCUUCCUGGCCCAUAUGUACACGGAGCUGCAGCUCAUCAGCGAGGCGCUGCUCAAAUACCAGGCGCUGCUGGACGCUGGCUUCAGCAGGAGCACCUACAUCGUGGCGCAGAUCGCCGUGGCUUACCACAACAUACGAGAUAUAGACAAUGCAUUGGCUCUUUUCUCCGAUCUGAGAAAACGCGACCCAUACAGGAUAGAGAACAUGGACACGUACUCUAAUUUGCUGUAUGUGAAGAACAAGAAGCCGGAACUAAGUUACCUCGCUCACAGUCUUUGUGAAAUUGACAAGUAUCGUGUGGAGACCUGUUGUGUCAUUGGAAACUACUACAGCUUACGAACACAGCAUGAAAAGGCCGCGUUGUACUUCCAGCGUGCGCUGAAGCUUAACCCACAGUACCUCAGUGCAUGGACCCUUAUUGGCCACGAAUUCAUGGAGAUGAAGAACACCUCCGCUGCCAUUCAGGCCUACAGGCGUGCAAUCGAAGUGAACAGACGGGACUAUCGUGCAUGGUACGGCCUUGGACAGACCUACGAGAUCCUCAAGAUGCCAUUCUACUGCCUCUACUACUACCGGCAGGCACACCAGCUCAGGCCGAGCGAUUCUCGAAUGCUGGUGGCUAUGGGCGAGAGUUACGAAAAGCUGGAAAAGUUAGUGGAAGCUAAAAAGUGCUACUGGAGAGCGUUCUCGGUGGGAGAUGUGGAAAAAGUAGCCCUCAUGAAGCUUGCAAAGCUUCACGAGCGUCUGGGUGAGAGCGACCAAGCCGCCCACUGCUACUACAAAUAUAUACAGGACAUGUGUGAAGGGGAGAUACUAGAGCAUGAGGAGCUGAGUGUAGCGUUCCGCAACCUCGCACACUACUACUUCAAGUGCAAACGCUGGGAGGAUGCUUCCGUGUGUGCCCGGAGAUGCUGCAGCUACAACGAUACACGGGAAGAAGGGAAGGCUCUACUGCGACAGAUCUCCCAGCUGCGUGCUGAGGGGGAGGCGAGCAAUGUGGAUAUGUCCCUGGACCUCUCUGGAAGUACCUCCAUGCCAAAGCUGUCUCCACUAAACCUCUCCUCAACGUGAAAAUGCUUUGAAAAUUCCCAGGAACAUGUGCACUAAUUGUGUGUGUAAUAUAGAACAGCGUACACGCAUGAUAUUGUUGGUCACGUGGAUAAAUGUGUCCAAGGCGUGUACUUGUAAUGAAAACAACACAGUUGUGCAAAUAGGAUGGAUUUGAAAGGACCGUAUCAUGACUAAUAUGUUACCGAAAUGGCAAUCAAAAGUGAGGUACCACGGGUACAGAUUUAAAUCUUGGUUAUGAUUGUGUAUAUAUGUUUCAUAUUUGCUUUAAUGGAGUGUUCCAUUUUAAAGAUUAGCCUCGUGUCAAAUGUUUCUGCACUGCCCUGAAUAAACAUGCUCAAGUGCAGCUAUCUAUGAUGAUGCAGCCCAGCAAAUAAAUGUCUGAUAUGUACCCAG